CGAACUUCAAGGUUGACGGCCACACCUACUAGCAUACCCCGGCCCCGCUUCGCCGGUUCCAGACCGAGAAAUCCAAUUCGUAGCUUUUCGACGUACUUGCCGAACAAUAAACCGUCCCAACCCCACACUCCCCACGGGUAUAAACUUAAGAACUGCGCGCUAUCUUCUGCAGUUUCUACCCCUCAUUGUGUUGAUUUAUAGUGUCCGGCGCCGCUAUCGUUAAGUUCGAAGCGACACUUGCGAAUUCUACUCACGGCGCGCCUUUUCCUCUCUCUCAACAAUUUUGUCACAGGCAACCCCUGCUUCUCAACUCACCAUGUCCGACUCUGCGAGCAAGUUCACGUCGUCCGCCUUCAUCAAUGGCAUUUAUAUCCCUUCUGGCCUUCUGAUCUUCGGCUGCUUCAUCGUUAAGAGCGAAUGGCUUCCGUAUGCGAUUGCUCUUUCAGCAGCUCUUGCAGGAUGGAAGAUCUUCGACAGCUAUCCUAAGGCAGUCCUCAGGCCCGAUGCCCUCCAAGAAUUCGAGCUGAAGGAGAAGACCAUCAUUUCCCACAAUGUCGCAAUCUACCGCUUCAAGCUCCCAACUCCCAACUCGAUCCUCGGCCUCCCAAUCGGCCAACACAUCUCCAUCUCCGCGAACCUCCCCACCACGAACCCAGAGGGCGAGGCUAUCCGCAAGGAUUUCCUCCGCUCCUACACCCCCAUCUCCGGUGACCACCAACCCGGCUACUUCGACCUGCUCAUCAAGUCCUAUCCCACCGGCAACAUCUCCAAGUACAUGGCCUCCCUGAUCGUCGGACAGACCAUCAAGGUCAAGGGCCCCAAGGGCGCCAUGGUCUACACCCCCAACAUGGUCCGCCACUUCGGUAUGAUCGCAGGUGGCACCGGUAUCACCCCCAUGCUCCAGGUUAUCCGCGCCGUUAUCCGCGGCCGCGCUGCUGGAGAUACCACUGAGAUCGACCUGCUCUUCGCCAACGUCAACGUGGAGGAUAUCCUGCUCAAGGAGGACCUCGAUGCGCUCGCCGCGGCUGAUAAGGGAUUCCGUGUCCACUACGUCCUUAACAACCCUCCUGAGGGAUGGACUGGCGGCGUUGGCUUCGUUACCCCAGAGAUGAUUGCUAAGUUCCUGCCUAAGGCGGCUGCGGAUGUGAAGGUUCUCCUUUGCGGACCACCACCUAUGAUUAGCGCGAUGAAGAAGGCCACUGAGGGUCUGGGAUUCACCAAGGCGAAGCCGGUUAGCAAGCUUGAGGACCAGGUCUUUGCGUUUUAAAUGGGUGUUGGGUGAUGGAAUGGUAAUGGAGGUUGAUAGAUGGAUAGAUAAGACGGGUUGAUUUGGGGGUUUGUAAAAGGUUGGUUAGUUUACAGCGGGUGCGCGAGUGGGUUAGAUGGGGAUGGAUAUAAAAUACAGAGCUAUAUAGAAGUCUAACUAUUUUGCAAACUCAAUCAUUGUGUC